AUGUCGGGCGCGAUCGAAAUUAUUGGGCUGGUUCUUGCUGCACCACCUGUCUUUGCUCAGAUAGCCAAGGGAGUGAGGAAUCUAUAUGACCGAACUGCGGUCGCCAGAGGCAAGCAGAUCCUCACAGAUUCCAUUACUGAUUUCCGGCGCCGUCUUGAAUACCUUGCAAGGCAGUUUGAAUUAGGACAACGCAUUUGCGCGAAUGAGAAGCAUGAUAAAGAGAAGCGCAACGAGCUGGACCACCACUUCCAGGCCGUUCAAACAAUACUCAAAGAUGUGGACACUCGAGCAGCAGAGGCUAAAAGUUGGUCGAGAUUCACGCGUUUUCGCGAAGGCACCAAGCUGCCUCAGAAACUACAAGAACUUCAGCAAGAUCUGUAUCGAUCGAUAAAAGAGUUCACCGAGAUUGUCAGAGUACUACAAGACUUGCAAGAAAACCCCCUUUCAUUCGAUUUAGAGCCCGAUGUUUUCGUCAAGACCACUUUCGGCACCACAACAGUUCUUGUAGCGAAUGUAUACCUCAUAGCUGGCAAUCUCGCACAACGGCGUUUCAAGAAGGACCCAAAGCAAGGUCUUUUUGUAUGUGAGCGCCGGGCUUAUGACAAAAACAUGGAAAAGGACAAAAGGCACAAAAACAGUAACAUCAAGACUCUGGCGGGCAAGUUGACUUCCAAGCCCUUGGCGGAUGGCUUGCUUGAUUUCAUAGGAGUAUACAACAAUGAAGAGCAGGAAUGUUUGAACUCAUGUUCAAUCUGCCCAAAGGUUUCGGAUUCAAAAAUACUCUACGAGACUAUAUGCAAUGCGUCGCAAGCCUUCCUCUAA